GGACAAUGAAGGUAUAAGCGCCAGUUUAUCUUCAGGACCUGCGUUUCCACAGAUGUAAAAUUGCUGCCGUGUUUUUCAGCAAUGAUUAAGCCACUUAUUACAAGCACGGUUUUUGCGUGCGAUACCUCUGAAGAUGACCGUUAUGUUCGUUGUGAUUUUCGCCAUUGUCGUCUACACGGAGGAAAGGGAGGGCGCGUGCGGCUGCUGAACACUCCGCAGAACGUCAAACUUCUCGAUAAACACGUCGGAGAGGAGAUACAGACGUACAUGAGUGGACUAGAAGUAGAAUUCCCGCUGCUACAACCUCCUGUUUUGGGAAAUUGGAACAGAAGUACAUCUGGAUUUGUAGAAAUCACCCCGGAUGUUUCUAAGAUUCUCAUGCUUUUUGAGUUGGAUGAACCUCGUUCCUCGCUUGGACAGUGGCUUGAGAAAUUCGUGAUGGCGACAUGUCGAAGCAGCAAAGAUUGCAGCAUUGCUAUCUUCACCAGAUCCUUUCGCUGUAGGCGACAGCUUCUGAAUCUUAUUAUGGAAGAAAGCAGCAAACUCAGUCAACACAACAGACAGUUCAAAGUUUUAGUGAUGCUGAGCUGUCAUUCAAGCAAUCAGGGCCAAGUGUUUUCUUGCACUCCCAGUUCCAUCACUGCACAAUGCCAGUUUGAAGAGUUUUGUUCACUGCAUGACUUUGUAUGGACGUGCCAAGAGUCUUUUGCCAGUCAUCUAAUUGGCAUUCAUCUGUCGUCGUGUUUUACUCUCAAAAUGGACAGCUCACAUAAGGAUUGGCCUGUGGAUGCUAGUUGGAUUUCGAAUGUAUUGAAUUGUACUGUGUCAGGAAGUACGAACGAAGUGUACGAAACUGGGUCUCAGGUGGCUGAUCUUUACAUUUCAUUGGCUGAACUGUUUGGGGGCAACGUGACCCAUGCAGGUAAAAUGUUACCUUUCAAGGUGACAAUUGAAGAGAUUACUUCACAUGCAUUUCCUGAUCUUGCCAACGAAAUGGGACUGAAGAUGUUGCUACCUGAGAGGCUAGAUGAUGAACUGAAGAAUCAACCGACUGAGGAACAGGUUCAUGUCAAGCAGCUUGUCAUGUCUGAUGUUUUUGUAUGUUUUCUGAUGAUUCAAAGUGACUUAGAGAGCUGUUCACAUGCAGAUGCUCUCAUGACUGCGUUACAGCUGAGACCCGACGUAAAGUGUGGCAUUCAAGCGAUUGUUCUAGACCUUUCCAGUGAAUCAGUUGACAGCUCUGUUGAUGCUGAAUCGAGUGCUAAGCGUCAUUGCUAUGAUAUGCAUCAGGAAAACUUAAAUUGCACGUUGCGAAAAUGUCUCACUAAGCAGCUGCCGUUAGAGCUGUUAUGUGCUGAUAAUGGCAGUGGCAAGAAGGGAAUUCAGACCGUCUUUUUUAUAGUAUUUGGUUCUCUUUUGGCUCAACUUGCUGAUGCUGUCAUUGCAACAGUGUCUGAAUGGAAUGAAAUAUUACGGCACUCAAGAGUGAUUGAUGACUUACCAGUUGACUUGGCAUUUCAUUGCAAAGCAAAGGGUUUUGUAUAUGGUGUGCAUUUCACAGACUUGGAGCCAUUACCUUCUAAUCCAAACGUCGGAGAAAUUUCCACUGCGACUUCUGAUGGAUUUGUUGUAAGUGGCAACACGUCACCUGUUCAACUUCAAUGCUCUCAUCAUUGUGGUCAGACAGCUGUAUUUCCUGUUCUUCUUUACACAUUGCAGCUUGUAACAGGAGAGAACGGUAGCAAACGCGGUCCUUUGCUUGCCACUCAAACAGCUGCUGUUGGUACUGUAGUGACAGACUCACAAGUUGCAUCAUCAUGGUCUGCAAAAGAAGUUAUUAUGGAAGUGCAACAUGUCAUGUCGGGCCUUAGUCAUGAUUGUGAAUUGAGAAUUAUUGGAUGUCACCAGAAUGUGAAACAUCUAUCUAUUAACAAUGAUACGACUGUAACUGUCGGGGGUAGUCUAUCUCUUCCAUCAACAGAAACACAGGUUUUCCCAUCCAGUAUUCAAUCAACAUCGUCUUAUGCCGACAGUACACAUGAGAAUAAUUCAUCUGAAUUACUGAAAUGUGCAAAGAGUCUAGGGGGCAGUACAAAUGAGAGACGAUCCAAAGAUUUGCCACUUAUGUCUAAUAUACGUGAUAUUUGUGUUCGUCACUACUUAUUGGACUUGACCGUGGAUUUUAGUCGUCACAUAAUUAUUGGUUCUAUUGUGUUGUUUCUGACUGCAUUGGAAGAUACCCAGAGCCCAAUCAGAGCGGACAAGCUACAUCUUGACUGUUGUGAUUUGGACAUCCUUGCUGUCGAAGAGCCUGUUGGCAUUGACAGUUAUUACCCUGUGUUUGAUAUGAAUGGUAUUAGCAAUAUUACAUUUGAUGCUGCUGCUAUAAGUAAGCUCACACAACAUUGGGGUUCUCGUUUGGAUUUUAAAGUGGAAAGGUGGCAUAUGACUGUUCAGCGAGACUUAAGGAGGAGUGAAUUUCCACAAUGUGUGAGGAUAACUUAUAGGACGAAGGCAGGUGGUAAAUCAUUGGCUUGGGCAGAUGAUGCUGAUGGAAGACCAUGUGUCUUCAACUGGGGCUCACCAGUGAACAACCGAGCAUUCUUUCCUGGUCAGGAUGUCCCAGGUGCAAUGUCAACUUGGGAUGCAGUUAUUCAUCUUCAGCGGGGCUUCCUGCCUGUCAUGAGUAGCAACUUUGUUACACAGUUGCCAAACUACUAUUCUGAAGAUCCAUGGGAUCAUUUCUACUUUUCCAUGCCAUGUGUGUUACCCUGUUCUUGUAUUGGCUUUGCUGCUGGAUAUUUUUGUGUUUCAUCUGUUCAAUGUCCGUCAUGUCCAAUUUACCAGAUUUCAGGGAUUCCGGGGAGAGCAGAUGUUGUGUGUCAGGAUCUCGUAUGCCGUUUGGUGACGUCACCUUUAUUGAUGGAGCGUGCUCAGCAUGAGUAUGGUCAUAGACUACCAACUUUCCUUCGUGCGGCUUGUGAUAUGCUGGGGCCGUACCCAUAUGCACGACUGGAUAUUGUCAUAUUGCCACGUUCUUUUGGCUGCAUGGGUUUGGCAAAUCCAAAUGCUGUGUUUCUUUCUCCUUCGAUGUUAUGUGGUGAUGGAAGUAUGGCUGUACGACUAGCACAUGAAAUAAGUCAUGCUUGGUUUGGCCUGCUCAUAGGGCCACGUGACUGGACAGAAGAAUGGCUCACAGAAGGAUUUGCAACCUUUUGUGAGGACAUCAUUCUUGCGAAAGCAGAACAGUGGACAUUGACUGAAUCUGUUGAACGCUACAGUCUUAAAGCAAUGAUCAGGUGGCGAACACUGAUGAGUGAAUUGAAGAAUACUGAUGAGAACCUGCACUUGAUGAAACAAGAACAGAAGAAAUUGAUGGAGCAAGUUGCAUUGGCAAAUGGUCGAGAGACUGUCGUUGCUAAAACAGGAACUGUUGUUCAUAAUGCUCUUCGACCGGAGAAGCGCUUCAUGCAGAUGCCGUACCUUAAAGGCUACUUUCUGUUGUAUCACAUGGCAUCGACUGUUGGAUUUGAAUUGUUUAGCAAUGUGCUAAAGUUGUAUGCCAGCAGAUAUCAAGGCUGUCUUGUGUCAUCUGAGGACUUCUUUGGUUUGUUCUUUGAGACUUUUCCUGAGACCAGAAACAGUCAAUUUAGUCCUGAAGCCUUGUCAAGCAAUUGGCUUUGUUCUAUCCACGUUCCUGUAGAUAUCAACUCUUUUCUAUUGGGAAAUCGCUUAUUAGAUAAGGCAUUAGAACAUGUUAAAUUGUGGCAAGCAAUAGACAAGGUUAAUGUUAGUAACCUUCGAAGAAGAAAAAGAGGUAGUCAUGGACUACCGAAACCACGGGAAACGAUAGAGCUGUUGGAGCUGUCCGACCAAAUAGUUUUGCUAUUGGAGGGUCUACUGGAUCUAAAACGAAUAUCUCACUCGACGUUGCAGCAAUUGGAUCGAAAGUAUCAAUUUGCAAAUCUCAACGCUGAAGUUCGACAUCGUUGGUGUGAACUGACCGUCAAGCACAGACACGUAAAAGCAUACAAGCACGUGAAACGUUUUCUCAUAGAAGAUCAGGGCAUGGGUGUCUAUUUGUAUGGCGAGUUGAUGUGCACGCGCGACGAGAAAGCUAUCGCACUUGCGAGAGAAGUCUUCGAGCUGCUGUGCAACGAAAUGGAUUACGAGACUCAGCUUGUUGUUCGAGAAAUGGUUUACGGCUAGAACAAUAGAAAACCGGGUCAGUAUUGGAUUGCGAUUGACUUGGUUAUUGAGGUAUGAUUGCUAUGGUGAUGGUCGCUUCCGCUGAUGAAUUUGUGUCUGCGGAAGAUCAAAUAUAGAAUAUUUGGUUAAUUUUAUAACAA